CCCCCCGCGGCGGGCCGGUUCCUUCCUGGGGUGCUCGCUGGGCAGGGGUCCCCGCCGCGCCCCUGGCGCCCCCUGCCGGCCAUGGGGCCCCCGAGCCGCGAGGCCUGGGCCCAGCGCCUGGGCGCCUUCCGGGCCAGCCCGUGCGCCUUCCUGGCCGGUCCCCAGGGCGAGGAGCUGGGGCGCGAGCUGCUGAGCGACCUGCGCGGCGACAAGCUGAGCGAGCAGACCAAGGUCUCCCUGCUGGCCCUGAGCUUGGAAUACGCGGCCCAGCUGUGGCCCGACGCCCCCGCGGCCGAGGCGGCCGCCGCCUCCCUGCUGGACACCCUGGUCCUCCUGCCGCCGCGGCCGUCGGCCCUGCGGCGGCCCCUGCUCCUGGCAGCCACCACCGCCCUGGCGGCCGGAGGAGCGCUGGGCCCCGCCUCGGGGGCCUCCUGCCGGCUUCUGCCCCUGCUGCUCGGCCUGGCCUUGGGCCGCGACCCGGGCCGAGGCUUCGGCCCCGCCUCGGAGCAGCGCCCCCUGCAGGCCACCGCGUGCGAGUGCCUGCGGGAGCUGGAGAGCUGCCACCCCGGGCUGCUGCGGGCCUCGCUGGGGCCGCUGCGGGCCGCGCUGGCCCAGGAGGGCCCCGUGCAGCCCCUCAGCCUGCUGCUGGCGCUUGCUCUGCGCAACGCCUUGGCGCUGCGGCCCAGGGCUGGGGCUGGCCUGCAGGGCCUGCUCACCGCCAGGGUCGCCGCUGCCGGGGCUUCUCCCUGGAGCUGGAUGCAGGCCGCAGACAGUGAUGUCCCCCUUGAGCCCCAGGCACCCAGCUGGCCAGUGGCUGAGGAGGGGGCGCGUGGCCUCCUCGCACUAGAGCUCGGCCCCGAGGAGUCCCGGGAGCUGAGGGCCACCGUGGCCCAACUCCUGGACGCGUCCUAUCUGCUGGCCCCCGGGGCCCAGGCCCUGCUGUUGUGGCUGCUCUGUGGGGCCCUGCGCGGGCUGCGGGGGCAGCCGCCGGCGCUCUUCAAGCCGCAGCUGGUCCGGCUGCUGGGCACGGCUCGGCCGGCGCUGCUGCACGCGGUUCUGGCGCUCAAGGCGGCCUUCGGCGAGGCCCUGUUCACAGCCCAGGACGAGGCCCUGCUGCUCCGCCGGCUCACCUUGGCUGCCCAGCACCCAGCCCUGCCCCUCCCCACCCACCUCUUUUACCUCCACUGCCUCCUGAGCUUCCCCGAAAACUGGCCGCUGGGCCCCGAAGGCGAGGAGGCCGCCCCGCUGCUGCUAGGGCUCCGGCUGUGCCACGGCCUCCUGCCCAGCCCUGUGCACGAGCCCACGGCCCUCCUGGCUCGCCUACACUUGCUGUGCCUGCUCUGUGCCGAGGACACCGAAGAGGACGACAAAGGCCAGGGUGGGAGCCCGCAGCGCUACCUGGAGGAGCUGCUGGCCGGCUUGCGGCAGCGGGCGGCCCUGGACGGCGGCCCCCGGGCCUCGGCCACGCUCUGCUUCCAGGCCUCGUACCUGGUUGCCCGCUGCCUGGCGGGGCAGCCUGCGGUGCUGACGCCCCUGGUGCGCGGGCUGGCGCAGCUGUACCGGGCCCGGCCUGUGCUGGCUCCCCACUUUGUAGACCUCCUGGACACGGUAGGCCCUGAGCUGGGGGAGCCCCUGAGGGUGGCGCUGUGCCGGGAAGUGGUGUCGCGGCCAGGCGGGGAUGCAGCUCUUGGCUGGCACCUGCAGGUGCUGGCCAAGGUGGUGGGCGGGGGUCCCCAGAGCACCACUCUCCGCUUCCUGCAGGCCGCGGCCGCCCACUGCCCUGACUGGGGCCUGCAGCAGGCGCUGUUGCGGGUGUGCCGGGCCCUGCUGGGGAGCGGCGGCGGCGGCGGCCUGGCGGACUUGCUGCAGGCGCUGGCCCGGCGGCUGGAGGACCCCGACGGGCGCGAACACGCCCGCCUCUACUACGUCCUCCUGGCCCACCUGGCAGGACCCAAGCUGGGGGUGGCCCUGGGCCCUUCACUCGCUGCACCAGCGAUGGCCUCUUCACUGGUGGCCGAGAACCAGGGCUUCGCGGCAGCCUUGAUGGUGCGGGAGGCCGCAGCCCCCAUGCGGCUGAGCGUGGGGCCGCGCGUGGUCACGGGGCCGUGCCCGGUGCUGCAGCUGCAGGUGGAGGCGCUGGAGCCCGCCUACUCUCUGGAGCUGCGCUUCCGGGUGGAAGGGCGGCUCUAUGCACCCUUGGGGGCCGUCCACGUGCCCUGCCUGUGCCCCAGCCGCCCGGCCAGCCCUCUGCUCCUGCCCCUGCGGCCCAGGCGCCCGGCCCCCGCUCGCCUGCACGUCCAGGCCCUGUACACCACGCCCGCUGGCCUCACGUGCCACGCCCACCUGCCGCCUCUGACUGUGACCUUCUCCCACCUCUUCCUGCCUUUCCCCCAGUCCCCCAGGGGUGCCGAGCCGGGCUUCUUCGAGGCGCUCUGGGACUCCUGCCUGCCGGGGGGUGCCGAGAGCCGUGUGUGGUGUGCACUGGGGCCGCAGGGGCUGGAGACUUUGGUGUCUCGCCACCUGGAGCCGUUUGUGGUGGCGGCGCGGCCUCCUGCCAGCUACCACGUAGCCAUCCGCCUGCUCCCAGACUCGAAGCUGCUGCUGCGGCUGGAGGCGCCCCAGGAGGACGGGGUGCCUGUGGCCCUGCGGACCGACGACUGGGCCUUGCUGCCCCUGGCCGGGGACUACCUCCGCGGCCUGUCGGCUGCUGCCUAAGCUGCCGGGAGACGCGUGUCGGGGGACAGGACUGUGGUGCUUGGUGGGGAGAGGGGGCUUGCCUAAGGGCAGCUGAGCGUCAGGGUGCUCCGAGGGCCCCUUUCCCAUAAAGCCUGCCUCUGCCGAUGACCCUCUGCCUCUGCUUCUCUCUGGGCCUGAGCUGGGAGCAGGCCUCUGGGCUGGGACUGAGAGGCCCAGGAGAGCUUCCAGACUGCACGCCAGCACUGCCAGCGUCCAUCCGCGGUUCCUUGCUGCCCAGUUAGGCUGUGGUUCUCCAGGGACCCUGGCCAGGCAGGGUCUGGCCUUGCCCAAGCCCCCUCGGUGAUUCAGGAGCUCGGGCCGGGUGGGGUGCCGGACUGACAGCCGGAACUCUGGAGGGGAGGCCGUGGAGACCGUGCGGCCCCGUCUCAGGGAGGGAGGCCUCUCCCUGGCUGUGCUGAUUGGAGCCAGCCCCCAGGAAGUCUGGGCUCAGGAGUCUUGCUGGGUGGGAACUGGCCCCCCUAGUUCUUCCGACAGGCGGGACGCUGGGUGAUCGCGGCCAGCUCUGCUGCCGGGCAGCUGGCCGGGGUCCACGUGCGUUGCCUCACUGCACCCUUGCGACAGUCCGGCCCACGAGGAACUCUGCGAUUUUCCUAAGGUCACUGGCUGGAGGGAGUGGUGUGUUGUCAUCCCCUGGCAGCAGUGGGCGGCCCUCUCUGGCCUGGGCAGCCCUCAGGACGCUGCGGUCAGCAGCACUGGGUCGGAAGCGAGACCUCGGCUGGGCCCUUGCUGCUCCAAGGGGCAGGUUCUCUUCUGCCGCUGCCAGCGGCCCCUCCUGCACGGGUGGCCUGUGGAGCUGUCCCAGGUCAAGGUGGCAGGCGGGAACUUGCUCUGUCACCUGGAGGCCAUUGCCAAGCGAGGGAGGGGCCAGAAAAGGGUGUCAGCCUGUUAGGGCACAUUCCCGGGAGGGCUGGGGAAGUCCGCCCCCUGGAGGCCACCACUGGAACUGCUGGACCCUGGAGGGGGGGGGGCUGGUACCGUGGCCCAGACACCCACAAAGCCGGGGGCCUGGGCUGCGCAGAGCCUGAACCUCUCCCGGCCGGGGCUUGCAGGACAAACAGCCGUCGCCUGCCCUCCUCCACCCACAGCCCUCGCAGGGCUCCUGGCUGGGGGGCCGACUUCUCACGAGACUCAUGGCAGAGUCCGGAGAUGGAUUGGUGUUCUGUUUGCCUGCAGACACAGAGGUGGUGGCAGCCUUUGGCUGGGAAUGAAGACCCCCAGAAGCAUGGACCACAACCCCCCCCACCCCCGCUUCCCUUGUAUCCACCUGCUCCCUGGGGACUGGAGAGCAGCACCACGCCAGCACUGGGCUCAGCGACGGCUCCUGCAGCGCCCCAGGGGGCCAGGGGGCCUGUGGCCUGGGCUGCACGGCGGCGUCGGCGCGUGCGUCUCUGAGCGACUGGGGGUGCUGUUUGCCCACGUUCCACUGCUGUAGCAGGAAGUCGGGCUGGGUCCCUGUGAAGAAUGUAGGUUAGGUCUACAGCCUGGCACGUCCAAGACCGGUGCUGGCUCCCGCUCAUCACCCGGACAGCCACUCUGGCCGUGACCCCCUGGCCCAUCCACUACCCCGAGUCCCACAAGUCCCACCCCCAAAGACAGGGCUUUGAUGAGUAGGUUCCCAGCACAGGCACUCUGGGGAAUGGAGGGGGCGUGGCCAGCCGGAGGUGCCCACCUGCCUGCCCCUUCACUCCCGGGAUCCCAGCAGUCGCGGCGUGCUCCCGUGGCUGCCUGUCCUCCCAGGGGACCCGCGGUCGCAUCAGUCACUCGCCCACCUGCGUGGACGUGCUGAGUGCACACUUGCAGGUGCACCGGUGUCCUGCCUGCCGUGGGGCCAGCUCUGGCUGCUGGGAGGAGCACUCCCAGGCCGGCACGCCCCGGGCAGCGGGGGAGGCAGGCGCCUGUUGCCACGGAGGCUGAGCAGCAGUGACCGCUCGUGUGAAGCCAGGGGAAGCCCUGGGCGGGGCUGUUGGCUGAUCUCGGUCUCACCGGGAGGAAGAAGACGGGUCUUCUCUGCCAGGGUGGCUGUAGGAUGCAGCAAACAAGAACGGCGUGUGCCCGAGGGCCAGCGAAGCGACCCCUGGGGCGUCUGUGCGAGCACCUGUGCCGCAUGGGAAAUCACUCCUCCCCCGAAACUCACACCGCCCCCGGCAUCCUGUGCUGCCUGUCAGCCCCGCCCUGGUGUUCAAAACUCCCACACCCGUUCUGUGUCCUGCCCUCAGGGGUCCUUGGCGAGGUGAGCCCUCCCUCAUGCCCACAGUCUGGGCCCCUGCCUCUCGUGGGCCCCUGGCAUCCCUGGCUGCCCCAGAGCUGUGGUCAGGAUCCCGAGGGGGCAGCGGACCCCCCACCCCACCUUUUUAAGGCUUUUUGAUCUGAAAGGCAGAGUUAGAAAGAUCUGCCGCUUUCUCCUCAAACGGCACAACAGCCAGGCUGGGCCAGGCCGAAGCCAGGGGCCCGGGACUCCAUCCAGGUCUCCCACGUGGGUGGCAGAGGCCCAAGCACUCCCCAGGCACGUUAGCAGGGAGCUGGGUGGGCAGUGUGGGGCCUCCGUACUCACCUGGCAGGGGAGACGCCAGGCCGGCACAGGUGCACUCGGGACGUGCUGACCCCUGCGACUUCCCCAAACGUGGGAAACUCCCCUGUGAGGUUUGCAGUAGUGGGGGACUGUGUUCCCAGCAAGUGGAGCAGCCAGGACUCGAACCUGGGACACCUGCCUGGCAGGCAGCAGCUCACCCCGCAGCGCCGCGCUGGACUCCUCUGUCUCCAUCGUGAGCGUCGGCAGCGAUCAGCCGUGUGGAGCUGUUGGUUCCACUGAGAAAACCUACAGGAGACACUGGUCUGGACUGCGCUGCACUCGGCCCCUCGGCCCAGACCACCGUGGAGUCACACCCUGCAGUUUGUCUGGCCUGGCUGGAGGUCAGAACGGCCCCGUCCACACGGGCGGCUCAGCACCACAGGGGAGCUUCCUUUGUGGACACAGCCGGGCCACUGUUCUGUGCUGCUGCUUCCGUCCACGGCCCCAGCGUCUGCUGGGCUCCCACUCUGCUCACAGACCACCGGGGGACACUAGAAGAAGAAUGCCAGCCUUCCGAAGUGCCGAUCCCUUCAGUCAACAUAAAGAACGCACAGCUCUGGGGCCGGCGCUGUGGCGCAGCGGGUAAAGCCACCGCCUGCAGUGCUGGCAUCCCACAUGGGCGCCGGUUCAAGUCCUGGCUCCUCCACUUGCAUCCAGCUCUGCUAUGGCCUGGGAAAGCAGUGGAAGAUGGCCCGAGUCCUUGGGCUCCUGCACCCACGUGGGAGACCUGGAGGAAGCUCCUGGCUCCUGGCUUUGGCCUGGUCUUGUCCUGGCUGUUGAGGCCAUCUGAAGGUGAACCAGUGGAUGAAGACCUCUCUCUAUGUAAAACUCUGCCUUUCAAAUAAGUAAAUCCUAAAAACAAACAAAACAGAACUGGCUUCUUGAAGAAAAUUAAACCAUGUCAAGGUUUGGUUAAUGCUUGGCCUGCACUCAAGCCAGCACCUGCUGCCUCGCAGGUGUGCCAGAACCGGGGCUCGAACCCAGACACCGAGGGGGCUGCAGGCAUCCCGAGCAGCCUCUCACCCCCCCCCCCCAACAGUUUUUUUAAUGCUGAAAGUUAUUAAGAAGCCUGAAAACCUCCAUGACACGACUGCUUUCUCAGGGAAAGAUAACAUGCCGCCCGCAGCAUACGGCCAGAAUGACCAAGGGACCUCCCUGCAGAACCGGCACCAGGCCCAGACGGGGGCUCUGACAAAGGCCACGCCGGGCGCCGAGAGUCAUUCAUGGGACGGGAAGGGAAGCAAAUGCAAUGUUGGUAACACAGCUGAUGGAGGACAGACAAAAACGACAGACCGACGUCAUGCAUGUGAGGACCGAGUGAAAUGUGGCAACAUGCAACGCUCAGUCAGGAGGUAAGGCACCGGCUGGCGCUGCGGCAGAGCGGGCUAAGCUGCCGCCUGCAGUGCCGGCACCCACAUGGACGCGCGUGCACACACGCACACACACACUCACUCAGGUUUGCGCAGCUGUGUGCGACUAUAAAGUGGCCGUGCAACCUGCAGUCACAUAGAACGAUAGUUAUAACAAGUAGGAAAAAUUUUAUUUGAAAGCCAGAGUUACACAGAGAGGAGAGGCAGA